AUGAUUUCAGAGCAUACAAGAGAAGAAUCGCAACAACCAACUGAGCAACCCAGUGAUUCGAUUCAAUUAUCGUCAUCUUUCAUUCGCUCACACUAUGUCCUUAUCAUCCUGUGUAUUGUGUUUUUUGGUAUAAUAUUUCACCUUCGUCAUAAACUUGGUGAGUUGCUCGACAGGUACAGAACUAGAAGAAGGAUCCAACAAGGCUAUUACCAGAAUUUGGGCUCAUUUGAAGGCGACAUCAAUGAUGGGUUGACCAGUACGAAUUUCGAUUUGGAAGCCAAUAAUUUGAAUGACUCAAGAAAGGGGUUAAGUGAGGCUGCAAAAGUUGAAAUCAAGAAGAUCAUGAGCACUAAGGGUAUCAGUUUUGAUGAAGCCAGACUAGAGUAUACUAGACACGAGUUGAACAGGAACGAUAUCGAUGAGAAUGGUUUACCAAGGGAUCCUAAAUUGGUUGUGUUUUGA